GAGUUCUCCUCAAACAGAAGCUUCCUUGAUUCUUUCCACAAAGUUCACAGAAGGAGAGAUCUGUUGAUGUUCCACUAAACCCUCAGUGGCCUAAAUGACACCGAAAAGCUGCAGCUCAGGUCGCUGAUGGAGAGGCAGUCGGUGCAGCGGGCCAGGGAGGCCUUCCUCAGUGGCAGGGCUCGACCGCUGGAGUUCAGACUCCAACAGCUCCACGCCCUGCAGAGGAUGAUCACAGAGAAGGAGGCAGAGAUCGCCACUGCUCUCAAGCAGGACAUUAACAGGAGCCAGUAUGACACUCCGCUCUUAGAGCUGAUCGGCAUCGAGAACGAAGUGAAGCUGGCCAUAAAGAAGCUAGCGCAGUGGGCGGCUCCUCGGCCCGUGGAGAAGAACCUCCUCACCAUCUCUGAUGAGGUCUACAUUCAGCCAGAGCCCCUGGGAGUGGUUCUCAUCAUCGGAGCCUGGAAUUACCCCUGGGCCCUCACCCUUCUCCCCCUGAUUGGGGCCAUUGCUGCUGGCAAUGCAGCCGUGGUGAAACCGUCAGAGCUGAGCGAGUGCUCGUCCCUCCUGCUCCGCGCGCUGCUGCCGCGCUAUCUGGACAAGGAUCUCUACCCGGUGGUGACGGGCGGAGCGGCAGAGACCCAGCAGCUGCUGAGGCUCAGGUUCGACCACAUCUUCUACACCGGCGGCAGCACAGCUGGCAAACUGGUGAUGGAGGCCGCGGCCCGCCACCUCACCCCUGUGACCCUGGAGCUGGGGGGGAAGAGCCCCUGCUACAUUGACAAGGACUGUGAUGUCAGGACGGCCUGCCGCCGCAUCACUUGGGGAAAGUUUGUGAACUGCGGCCAGACGUGCAUCGCUCCAGACUACAUCCUGUGUGAGCCCUGCAUCCAGGGCCGCGUGGUCGAAUGCAUCCGGCAGACUCUGCUGGAAUUUUACGGCGCUGAUCCCAAAUGCUCGCCUGAUUACGGCCGAAUCAUCAACCAGCGGCACUUCCACAGAGUCAUGAGUCUGAUGGAGGGAUACACGCCUGUAGUGGGGGGUCAGAGCGACUCCUCCCAGUGCUACAUCGCCCCCACGGUGCUGAAGGACGUGCCCCCCCACUCCAGGCUGAUGCAGGAGGAGAUCUUCGGUCCCGUCCUGCCGAUAGUCACAGUGAGUGACAUGGAUGAUGCCAUCAGCUUCAUCAAUGAGAGGGACAAACCCUUGGCUCUCUACAUCUUCUGCUCAGAUAAGAAGGCAGUAAAACGGAUGAUUGAGGAGACCACCAGCGGAGGAGUGACGGUUAACGAUGUCAUGAUGCACUACACGCUCAACUCGCUGCCAUUCGGGGGCGUCGGUCAGAGCGGCAUGGGUCGUUACCAUGGCAAACACACCUUUGACCAGCUGAGUCACCAGAGAGCUUGCCUGAUCCGCUCGCUGAACAUGGAGAGCGUCAACCUGGCACGCUAUCCUCCUCAGGACCGCCGGCGGGCGCGGCGGGCCCACAUGGCCCUCCGGUCUCCCCUGAUCGACACGUCCAAGCGGACGCUGGUCUGGGCCAUCGCUGCCACCAUCCUGGGCGCCGGCCUGCUGAUCACCCUGCUGGUCAUCCUGCUCAUAGCCUCCGGCCUUAACUGCACCUGCUGGUACUGGAGAGGCUUCUACAACUAGACCAGCUGCACAGCAGCGUCUCACAAACAAACUAUUUCCAACAAAAGAAAAAAGCUGCAGCGAUUCUACACACAGAUCUGUAAGGAGUGGAGAUUAAAAACUCUUGGUCUAACUUUUGAUUUCUGUUUGAGGUUUUUGCUCAAUAAACUGAUCUCCAUCACUGGAUGCUCUUUAUUUUCAGGGAAAAUUACCUUUUAAAUAAACCAUUCAUUGUAUGUUUUGUUCCAAAAUUGGAAAACAUAUCAUCCGUCUGCAGAGACUCUCUGUACUUAAUGUUUAACAUCCUAUAAUGGAAAAAACUAAUAUUUCUAUUUGGUCACAUUACAAUCAUCCCCUUUAGUGAAUUUUAUUGGAUUUUAUGUGAUAAACAAAAAGCUGAGUAUAAUUGUGAAGUUUGUUUUACAAAUAAAGA